AUGGCCAAGCGCCUGUCCCCCUACUACAAGGUGCUCUUCACCGGCCGCGCCGGCACCUGCGCCCACGAGUUCAUCCUGGACGUGCGGCCCUUCAAGGACACCGCGGGCGUGGAGGCCGAGGACAUCGCCAAGCGCCUCAUGGACUACGGCUUCCACGCGCCCACCAUGAGCUGGCCCGUGCCGGGGACGCUCAUGAUCGAGCCCACGGAGUCUGAGCCCAAGGCUGAGCUGGACCGCUUCAUUGAUGCCAUGGUCAGCAUCCGCCACGAGAUUGCAGAGGUGGAGGCCGGCAAGGCCCCCAGGGACAACAACGUGCUGGUGCACGCGCCACACACGGCACAGGUCGUGCUGGCCGAGAGCUGGAGCCGCCCCUACAGCCGCGAGCAGGCCGCCUUCCCCGCCCCCUGGGUCAAGGGCGCCAAGUUCUGGCCCACCACCAGCCGCGUCGACAACGUCUACGGGGACCGCCACCUCAUCACGCGCCUCGGGCAGCAGCCCGCGGGCGCCAGCGCGGAGCCCGUCGCCGCGCACGCGUGA